CCGCCACUAAACUUGACAAGUGCCUUUGUUCUCUCGAAAGACGGUAGUCGACUCGCUGAAGCACUGGGACUGGAUUGAGACGACAUGGCCGAGCUCAGGCAUUGGAUUGCAUCGGGAGUGUUGCUCUUUCUCGGCUAUGUCUCCCUGGUGUCUGACGACAAACUCACAAGAUACUACGCGCGACAUCUGGCGCUGCUCCUAUUCAUGGACACGCUUCUCAUACCCGUCUCUGACCUCAUCCUCUUCCAUGUUUACCCUGCGAUUGGGAAGCGCCCUCCCCACAAAGACACUCCGGCGUACAGGCGCCUUCUCGCGAAUGUAUACAAGCUCACCCUAAUAAUCUAUGUCGUUGGCCUUGGUCUGUACUAUCUGUACAGCGCUAUGGCGCAGCGUACGAUCUACGAAGACCUCGGCGUCGCGCCUUCUGCGCCGCUCGACGAGAUCAGAAAGGCCUUCAAAGGCUACGCUAGGCAGCACCACCCUGACAAGGCUGGGUACGACUCGCACGCGGUCUUUAUGGCGAUACGAAAUACGUAUGAGGCUAUAUCUCAGCCACAAAUGCGGUUCGUUUACGAUCGCUUCGGACCUUUCAUGAACCAUUGCCAUCACUGCAACACUGUUACGGACUACAUUUACGAGCUCACCCUGUUCACGUCAGGCCCACUGUACAUCAUCACUUUUGUGGCCCUCCUCGUAACCUCGCUUGUUGGCUUCUCUCCACAAUUCCUCUUUACCCAAUGGCUGAUAUUCUUCGGCACAAUCGCUAUUGAAGGUGUCUUGCUGCUGUGCACGCCGGCGCCUGCGGGCAUCUCCAACACGUAUGCCGAGUCUGAGCUACCUCGGCCCUUUCGCGUCCUCGUUUACCUACGCCGGCUCUUCCCCAACAUCCUCAUCUUCCAAUGCGUCAGUCUUCUACAUAAUGUCUUCGUCAUCGUCCUUGGGGCCGCCGUGAUCGCUGGGCGCGCCUGGCAUACGAUGCAUCCCGAAAGUGAAAGCUUCAUGGAAGAAUCUCAGCGCCUUACCAUCGAAAACAACCUCCUGGCCAACGACCUAUUUCGAGCUAAAUUACGCCCUUUGCGAGCGUUGCAUCCCGAUGCAUGCGCAAUACUACAGCGCGGGGGCUCCCUAGACGAACUCUCCGAUGACACGCGCGCAGAGUUCGUUGACCGCGUCCUAGAAAUCAUCGCCGAGGGCAACAUGAACGAGGACGAGAGGCGAACAAUGAGACGCAUCUUGCUAGGCGGCAGAGCCGACGGAGCGCUCAGGUCAGCGUUCGCUCUGGCCAACGAGUCGCCUUCGAGACGCAUGCCAGGGACGUUCGAUGAUGACGAUGAUACGCUCAACGACGAUGAAGACGUUCCUGGCGAGGCUGAGGAACCCCGACGUCACGCUACCCCGAGUGGCGGACCUCGAACUCAUCAGGACAGAAGGUCGUCCCUCCCUGUCGCUCUGCAUGCCUCUGUCGCGGGGCAACAGCGGCCAACGACGAUAGUACCGAUGGCCAAGGAAGAGGCGGAAGAGUUCGCGCGGCACUCUAAGCGCUUGGGACCGACGCCGGCGCGACAACUUCCGCGUUCUACACCCUUGAAGGACAUGACCCGCAGGAGAUGUUGUAGUACAGAACCAGACCUCGUCGGCUGGGCUUAAUCUGGGGCGAACUUGGUGGCGAUACGUAUCUGAAGGUUUCUCGAUGUGAAGGGAUAUACCCCCAUGUACUAGCAUAUACCAAACUUGUGUAACAUCUUAGGGAGUUGUCUAGAGUUGUCAUUUACCCGUGCAGUCACCAUGGUCCUGAAGAAAAACAUUGUUGGCCU